CGUUCUUCUCUAACCGGAGGAAUUUUGUUAUCAGAGAAUAAAAGGAGGUUGUCCAUAAUUGACUUUAAGCAGCAAACAGUAAAACACUGAGCUCUUCAGCUCCGCCUCUCUUGCUCUGAGAAUUGGAAAACCAAGAAGUUUUUGAUGUUUUGUGUGGCGCCACCUGAAUUAGAAACCAAGAUGAACAUAACCAAAGGAGGUCUGGUGUUGUUUUCAGCAAAUUCUAAUUCAUCGUGUAUGGAGCUUUCAAAGAAAAUUGCUGAGCGGCUGGGGGUGGAGAUGGGCAAAGUGCAGGUUUACCAGGAACCUAACAGAGAAACAAGAGUACAGAUUCAAGAAUCCGUGAGGGGAAAGGAUGUUUUCAUCAUCCAGACGGUCUCAAAGGACGUGAACACCACCAUCAUGGAGCUCCUGAUUAUGGUGUACGCGUGUAAGACCUCCUGUGCCAAAAGCAUUAUCGGCGUGAUUCCCUACUUCCCUUACAGCAAACAGUGCAAGAUGAGAAAAAGAGGCUCCAUUGUGUCCAAACUGCUGGCUUCGAUGAUGUGCAAAGCCGGUCUCACUCAUCUCAUUACCAUGGAUUUACACCAGAAGGAAAUUCAAGGCUUCUUCAAUAUUCCUGUUGAUAAUUUAAGAGCAUCUCCUUUUUUACUGCAGUACAUUCAAGAAGAGAUCCCGGACUACAGGAAUGCGGUGAUCGUGGCCAAGUCUCCAGCCUCGGCCAAGAGGGCGCAGUCUUUUGCGGAGCGUCUGCGACUGGGGAUUGCGGUGAUUCACGGGGAGGCGCAGGACGCCGAGUCCGACCUGGUGGAUGGACGGCACUCCCCGCCCAUGGUCAGGAGCGUGGCCGCGAUCCACCCCAGCCUGGAGAUCCCCAUGCUGAUUCCUAAAGAAAAGCCCCCAAUCACAGUUGUUGGCGAUGUGGGAGGAAGGAUCGCCAUCAUUGUGGACGACAUCAUCGACGAUGUUGACAGCUUCCUCGCUGCGGCAGAGACCCUGAAAGAAAGAGGCGCCUAUAAGAUCUUUGUGAUGGCGACUCACGGCUUGUUGUCCUCGGACGCCCCGCGGCUGAUCGAGGAGUCUGCCAUUGACGAGGUGGUGGUCACCAAUACGAUUCCACAUGAAAUCCAGAAACUCCAGUGCCCCAAAAUUAAAACGGUGGAUAUCAGCAUGAUCCUCUCGGAAGCCAUCCGUCGGAUUCACAAUGGGGAGUCCAUGUCUUACCUUUUCAGAAACAUAGGCUUAGAUGACUGAGCAGCUUUCCUUCCCUAAAACUCCCAAGGGCCAAACUGGAAGUGGAGCGUACUGUGAGGGUCACGCCCGACCCACGGGGCCGUGUGUGCUUCUUCCUUUCUCUCUGUUAAUUCCCAUGAAGACAGACCAACUUUUUAUGUUGGGUUAGGUGUUCGUGAGUUUUUGGGGUGAUUUUUAUAAAAGAAAAGCUAUAUUCUCCUCCUAAAUGAAUUAACGACCUGGUUGUUUGUAGUUUAACUAUUUCAAAAAUAACGUGGAAUAACGAUUUUUUAAGCGCACAGACAGCCUUUCCCCAAAGUUGCUAGAGCCCGAGUGCUUAUAAAAGUUACAUGAAGUAAAACGAUCUACCGUGUGGCAGCUGCAUUUGCAAAGCCAACAAGAUAAUACAGUUAAAUCAGGAGACGACAUUUGUAGAAAUGCUUUUAUAGACAAGCAUACGUGAGUAUUACGUGACCAUUAUUUAUUUUCUGGAAAAAAAGAGGGAAUAAAAACUUCCGUUGUG